AUGAAUAGAAAAACUCUGAAGUUCCUCCUUAUUAUUUUCUUCUUUACCUGCGUUUCUCAAAAGAUCCGCCUGGAUUUCCAUGACCGCCGUGCCGCCUCAUUAGCUCUGAAUCGGAAAGACCAACUUAUAAGCAAAUUGGAAAUCGACGGACGUGGAAUGGUUGCUCGAGCGAUGCGAGAAAUUGCGACAAUUAUAAUGGCUUCUAAUGCAGCGAUCACAGACGGGUUUACAAACAUUGUAGUGGCACUGAACUUUCCAUUUGUCUGGCAAAGAAGUGUUCAAAAGCAUGCCGUGAUGGGAAACUUGAAAAAGAUGCAGCUGCUCAGUAUGUUCAAUUCGAAUAUCACUCUUGGCUCAAUCAGGAUUUGCAUCAUCGGCGGAGCGGCGUUGGCUUCAAUUGUCUUGAUCUGUGCGUUAGCCUACUUCUGUUGUGCCCCUUGUUGCUGCUCCUGCUGUUGUUUUUGUAAGAGAAAAACGAAAACUAAUCCUUUGGUUAAUAUUGUCUAA